AUGUUGACUUCUGCUCAUGAAACUGAGGAAGGAAUCCCAGUAGAUGAUCCUGAUUUUUUUACUUUGGACCGCGAGUGGUCUUUGUUAAAUUUUUUGCUAUUUCGACAACAAUAUACUGAUUUCCGUGCCGACAGAUGUGGAGAACACAACCGAUAUGUUCGUAGCCUUGCAAGUAUUAUCAGCUAUGAACAAGCAUCCACAGAAUUGAUUGAACGGGCUAACGACGCGCUUAGUUUGGUACAAGAUGAACUCACUACGGCCACUAUAUACUCGACCUUCCAACAUGAUAGGCAGGAACAAUUAGUUCGCGAGAAAAUUACGAGACGUUUAGAGGAUAUAGGUGAUGAUCGCUCGUACAAACGUCAAUGUGGGCAGAGCGAGCUACGAACUUCGGAAAAUAAGAAGGAUUAUUCAAAAGAAAGUGAAACAGAAAUUGUUAAUACCGAGCAAAACUCAGAGGAAAGUGAUACAAAAGUGAUUAAUGCCGAACAAAAUUCAGAGGAAAAGGAUGAGUACCAAACUUAUGAACGUGAAUUGACGCCCUGCCCUACAACUCGGAAUUCUUUAAUUAUAACGCCAAACAAACCAAUUAUAACAAGAACAACCUACAAUCAAAUUUCAACGCAUAUAAUUUGUGCCUUCAACGCAACAGUACAUCUUGUUAAGGAAACAACAGAAAAGAAUUUAUAUGAAGAAAUCGAAAAAUUUCUCAGGAUGAGAAACAAACUGAUUUUAAAAAGUUCAAUAACUAAAAAACUUGGUGUAAUCUUCCAGACGGAUUAUUCAGAAAUUAUUACGAAAACAAUGAUAGAGACAGAAAAUGAAAAAGAUAGCGAAACAAGCGAGGAAUCUAGGUUUCUUUUUUUUAUAAGGCACACCUUACUAGAUUUUAUCGCAAUGUUCAAGUAUCUAUCACCUAAGGUUUUAGUUCGGGAUAUGUCUGAAAGAUCAUACAUUGUUGAAUGCCUUUCGCCGAUUCUUCGUGCAUUCAGAAAUGCAUUUCCCGAUGUGAAAUAUGAGUGGAUUGAAAAGGAUGUCAAAUCAUUAAAAGAUGCGAGCAAUAUGUUUAUGAUUGAUGUGAGACCCCGAAAAGCCGAUCUGCUAGUUUUGAGGUUAACAGAUGCAACUGAAAUUUUAUAUAUUGAGGUGUCUGGGCCACCUUAUAAACCCAACAAAAAACACACAGUUGGGGAUGCAAAAAAAUUACUCGUGAUGGCUAUUUGUAAUUUGUGCAGUAUACUUUCAAAUAACUUUGAUUGUCCAAUAGAUGAUGCCAAGAAAGUCAGGUCAUACAGUAUUCAAGCAAUUGGAGACCGGUUAACUCUGUUUGCCAUUUCCCUUGUUGAUAAAAAAAAGUAUUUAGCCAUAGAAUUAGCUUCAUGUAUAAUUCCUUUUCCUUUUGAAGCUAUCACAUGCUAUUCAAAAAUCUUUAAUUUUUUUGCGGUUAUAAGGAAUGAAUUCAUUGAACAAGAAAAACUUCAGAAAAAAAUUCGUUCUUUCAUUCCUUCAGUUGACGGUGAUAUUGAAGGUUUACGAGAAUGGAUACAUUUACCUGAUGAUGAUUUAACGCCUGCAAUGGAAGAUGAUAUAGAUGAACUCUCUUUAUAUGGUACUCAAUAA